AUGCGUGAGAGAGCUACAGCCUCAGAGUGUGUGGAGCUCCAUGUGUUUUUUGUGCCAGACGAGCAGUGGAACUCAAGGUUGAAUAAAGUGUCCGUCGAAGCCAUAGACAGCUUCAUAUCAGGAGGAUUUAUCAGAGUACAUCCAGACAAAAGUCUCAAAGCCAUUAGAGAAGAACUUGGGUCAUUACUCCUCCGAUCUGAGGUUAUGGACAGAUAUUACUUCUUAAAAUGUGUUGGUAGAAGCCUAGCAAUGGUCAAAGCCAAACAAGAGAAAGACCUAAAAGCAAAAUCCUUUGCUCCACCUUAUUCUCCUUACCCAGAGCUGUACCUGCUGCCAGUUAAAGAGAAUUUCAACAGCCAUUGCUCCAGGUCGCUAAGCUCAGGCACUGUUCUUUACAACACCGAUUCUCAGACAUGUUAUCCUCCUAGACCCAUUUUUGCACCUGGCCAGACAAAAGAACCCACUAAAUUCCCACUAAUCAAACAAGGGCCCCAGCAAUAUGUCCUAGCCCGAAGUUUAGGAAAUGAGAGUAGCUCCAGUUCUUUGGAGGGGAGGGAGCAAGACACUCCAGGAUGUGAAUACUCUCAGCUGCAUGUGGAUAGAGCCGAAACGAUAGCCCCUGUUUUGUGUGAUUCAACUCCUCGCGCCCUUUCCCAGCCUCUCCAUGAGCAAAAGACCACACCUGAACUUUCAUCUAACAGGGAUGAUCUGCUGAAAGAAAUCAGACUGGUCAAAGAAGAGAGAAAAAAACUAGAAAAGACAAGACAAGAACUUCUGAGAAAAGGAAAAGAACUGCUAGCUCUGAACAGACACUAUAGGAACCAAGCACGAGACAAAUGGAAAAGAAGGUAUUUUGACACCAAAAAAUCCACAGCGCCACUGGAAGAAACUUUAAAAAGGCUUCGCCAGGAACUUGAGACAUUUUACAACAAAUUGGUUCAGCAACUACAGGCCAGAGAUGGACGAAACAAACAAAGACGAGCAGGGAAACUGUCAAGUACAAAGAAUGACCUGAUAAUUCAGAUUAUGACUGAAAGUUGUGAAAUAGAUAACCUGAAGAAAAACAUUGAUGAUGCCAAAAUGAAACUUGACACAGAAAUUAAGCUGAGGAUACAAGCUGCCAUGGAGCUUCAAUCCCUGAAAGCAGAACUAAUGCAGAAAAAGUCUCAGUGCUCAUUUGCUGGGUCUUUCACCGGCUCUGCUGACCUUGGAUAACAUCAUGACUCACUUCAGCAACUUCCUAAAUUUAAAAUGCUAUGAUUUCUUAAUCCUAAUUGAGGCAGCU